AUGCUGCCACUGGGGCGCAACGGCACCGCGUACCGGGCGCGGUUCGGGCAGCAGCAGCGGGCGCAGGGGGGCACCGUGGGGGGCUCGGAGGGGGCGGCGCCGCUGGGGCCCGCGCAGGUGGUCACCGCCGGCCUCCUGACCCUGCUCAUCGUCUGGACCCUUCUGGGCAACGUGCUGGUGUGCGCGGCCAUCGUGAGCAGCCGCCACCUACGCGCCAAGAUGACCAACGUCUUCAUCGUGUCUCUGGCCGUGUCCGACCUCUUCGUGGCGCUGCUGGUCAUGCCAUGGAAGGCUGUCGCCGAGGUGGCCGGUUACUGGCCUUUUGGGGCCUUCUGCGACGUCUGGGUGGCCUUUGACAUCAUGUGCUCCACCGCCUCCAUCCUGAACCUGUGCGUCAUCAGCGUGGAUCGCUACUGGGCCAUCUCCAGGCCCUUCCGCUACGAGCGUAAGAUGACCCAGCGCGUGGCCUUGGUCAUGGUCGGCCUGGCCUGGACCUUGUCCAUCCUCAUCUCCUUCAUCCCGGUCCAGCUCCACUGGCACAGGGACAAGGCAGGCUCCUGGGGCGGGAUGGACCCGCCAUCCAACCUGGCCAACGGGACGCCCUGGGAGGAAGCCGGGGAGCCAGAGGGGAGGGCAGAGAACUGUGACUCCAGCCUGAACAGAACUUACGCAAUCUCCUCCUCUCUCAUCAGCUUCUACAUCCCCGUGGCCAUCAUGAUCGUAACCUACACGCGCAUCUACCGCAUCGCACAGGUGCAGAUCCGCAGGAUUUCCUCCUUGGAGAGAGCGGUGGAGCACGCGCAGAGUUGCCGGAGCCGCGCGGCCUGUGCGCCGGACACCAGCCUGCGGACAUCCAUCAAGAAGGAGACCAAGGUCCUCCAGACCCUGUCGGUGAUCAUGGGGGUCUUCGUGUGCUGCUGGCUGCCCUUCUUCAUCCUUAACUGCAUGGUCCCGUUCUGCAGCGGACACCCCGAGGGCCCGAGGGCCGCCUUCCCCUGCGUCAGCGAGACCACCUUCGAUGUCUUUGUCUGGUUCGGUUGGGCCAACUCCUCGCUCAACCCCAUCAUCUACGCCUUCAACGCCGACUUCCGGAAGGUGUUUGCCCAGCUGCUGGGGUGCAGCCACCUCUGCUCACGCACCCCGGUGGAGACAGUGAACAUCAGCAAUGAGCUCAUGUCCUACAACCAAGACACCGUCUUCCACAAGGAGAUCGCAGCCGCCUACAUCCAUAUGAUCCCCAACGCUGUGGCCCCGGGGCACGAGGAGGUGGACAAGGAGGAGGAGGAGGGCCCUUUCGAUCGUAUGUCCCAGAUCUCUCAGACGUCCCCCAAUGGUGACCCUGCUGCAGAUUCAGUCUGGGAGCUGGACUGUGAGAGGGAGAUUUCAUUAGGCAAAAUAACGCCUUUCACCCCAAAUGGAUUCCAUUAA